AUGUGGGAAAGACUUGCUCAUCAUUUAGAAGACUCACGACUUCAUUUACGCCCAAAUAUCCCAUCAAUUACAUUUAAAAAGGAAGCUGAUUUCUUACAAGGCCGAUUUACAGUAAAUUAUCCACUUUCUUUCAAUGCCGAAUUAUUUGUAUCAUCAAAAGGCUUUAAGGAUGCUUCAUUUCACCCAUCAUUUUCUCCAAAUGUUCCAUUUUAUUUAAAUGUUACUUCAGAUAAAACAUAUACUGCAGCUUUUAAUUUCAAAUUACCUAAUGAAAAACUUCCUGAAAAAUUACGUAACAAUACAUUCAAGUUUAGCCUAAGUGGUGACCAGUCAAACUAUUUAUCCAGCGUUUUUGCUCUUACUCAUCAAAAUAAAUACUCAAUUUCAUUAGCAUUGAGGCCAUGCAUAAUAGGAGGCUUCUAUCAUGGCGAGAAUGUAGGAGUAGAGUUUGCUUACAGUCUUGCAGAAGAACAACCAUCAAUGUCAGCAAUGUUUAAUAAAAGAUUCGACCGAACAGAAGUUUCAUUAAUGGCAUCGAUGUAUGGCGAAGGAACAGCACUCAUUACCUCAGAUUUUGAUAAAGUACGAAUUUCUUCAUAUCUUAGAGCAAAUCCAUUUACUUUUGACUCUACAGCCACAUUUGGAAUUCAAAUUCCAUUCGGUAAUUCCUUUGGAAACAUAUCAUUUUCAAUUCCAUCAAAAACAAUCAGAUUUGAAGCCGCAUUAAACUUACAAUACGAAGAAGACAAGAAAUCCGGAAUUACAGUGUAUUGGCCAUUUAGCCCGAAUACAAUUAAAUCUGUGUUAGCAUAA